AUGUGUAGGAGGCGAUCGAGAGUGACCGGGGUAGCUGGUGACGGACGCCUCGAGCGCGACGAACCAAAGACAAUUGAUUAACUCUCGGCCCCUUCGUUUUCUGUUUCAGCUGUGGGACCACCAGUUCCGGAGGUAGGAACAGGGCGCGGGCGGCCCAGGAGGAGGAGGCCGCGGAAGAGGAGGAGGAGCAGCAGCAGCAGAAGCAGCAACAGCGUUGGCCGCGGUGGUGCUCGGUGGAGCAGCAAAGUGAGCGGGUGCGGCGCUCGGGAAGACAGUAGUCGGGGCUCCGGCACGGGGACGAGUGCAACGGCGGUUGAGCCCUGAACGUCGCGCAACGACCGGACGAGUUCCCGCCGCUCCGGCCGAGUCGUCCUCGGCCACGGCAACUGCGCCCUCGUUGCUGUCGUCGUCGGCGAGCCGGAGAUAGUAGCGGCUGGUGCCGAGGCGACGGCGGCGCUGUUGCGCUGGCACAGCGGCAAUUGUUGCGCUGGCAGAGCGGCAGUAGCGGCCAGCAGCAGGAGGAGGAGUCAUGGCGACCAUCGACGGCCGACCGGCCCAGUAUGGGCUCACCCUCAAGCAGCUCCGCGAGCUCAUGGAGCUCCGGGGCCGCGAGGGUGUCAACAAGCUCAACGGCUAUGGGGGCGUACAGGAGGUCUGCAAGAAGCUCUACACCUCGCCCAGCGAAGGGCUUAGUGGAUCGGUGGCAGACAUCCAGCAUAGGCGAGACACCUUUGGUUCCAACAUGAUUCCCCCAAAACCACCAAAGACCUUUCUAACACUUGUUUGGGAAGCACUGCAAGAUGUAACGUUAAUUAUUCUAGAGAUUGCUGCACUUGUAUCUCUAGGCCUUAGUUUUUACCAUCCUGCAGACGAAGACUCUGAGCCUGGAACGGAAGACGACGAAGCUAAGUAUGGCUGGAUCGAAGGUCUGGCUAUCCUGAUCUCGGUUAUUGUUGUCGUUUUAGUAACUGCCUUUAAUGAUUAUUCAAAAGAAAGACAGUUCCGUGGCUUGCAAAACAGGAUAGAAGGCGAACACAAGUUCUCGGUCAUUCGUCAGGGUGAGGUGAAACAGAUUUCUGUUUCCGAUAUCGUCGUUGGUGACAUAUGUCAAAUUAAAUACGGAGACCUACUGCCAGCUGAUGGUAUCCUCAUUCAAAGCAAUGAUCUCAAAGUAGACGAGUCCAGUUUAACUGGAGAAUCAGAUCAUGUAAAGAAAGGCGAAUCCUUUGAUCCAAUGGUACUUUCAGGAACUCACGUCAUGGAGGGUUCGGGCAAGAUGCUGGUCACUGCCGUCGGCGUGAAUUCACAAGCGGGUAUUAUCUUUACUCUCCUGGGUGCAGCUGUCGAUCAGCAAGAGCAAGAGAUCAAGAAAAUGAAAAAAGAGGCUAAAAAGCAGCGGAAGAAGAAGUCGCUAUCAGGUGACGAGACCGGUGACAUAACCGUCAACAGCCACGCGGUGAGCAAGCAACAGUCGGUAGACGGGGAGAACCACCACACGAGCAAGUCUGAGACGGCCACGAGCCACGCCGAGAAUAAGAAGGAAAAGAGCGUCCUCCAGGCGAAGCUCACCAAGCUCGCCAUCCAGAUCGGCUACGCGGGCUCGACGAUCGCCGUCCUCACCGUCAUCAUCCUCGUCAUACAGUUCUGCGUCACGACCUUCUACGUGCAGAACAAGGUCUGGAAGAACACGUACGCCGGCGAUCUGGUGCGCCAUCUCAUCAUCGGUGUCACCGUGCUCGUCGUCGCUGUGCCCGAGGGUCUACCCCUCGCGGUCACCCUCUCGCUCGCCUACUCCGUCAAGAAAAUGAUGAAGGACAACAAUCUGGUGCGCCACUUGGACGCCUGCGAGACGAUGGGCAACGCCACUGCCAUCUGCUCCGACAAGACGGGCACGCUGACGACGAAUCGUAUGACCGUCGUGAAUUCGUAUCUAUGCGAGAAGCUGAGCAAAUCAGUGCCGAGCUUCUCGGAGAUACCGAGCCACGUCGGCCAGCUGCUGAUGCAGGCAAUAUCCAUCAAUUCGGCAUACACGUCGCGCAUAAUGCCGUCGCAGGACCCGACCGAGCUGCCGAUGCAGGUCGGCAACAAAACCGAAUGUGCCUUACUUGGAUUCGUGGUCGCUCUAGGCAAGAGUUAUCAGACAGUGCGCGACGAUAACCCCGAGGAUACGUUCACGCGAGUCUACACGUUCAACAGCGUUCGCAAGAGCAUGUCGACCGUCAUCCCAAGGCAGGGCGGUGGCUACAGGCUCUUCACCAAGGGCGCUUCCGAAAUCAUCAUGAAGAAAUGUGCCUUUAUUUAUGGUCGCGAUGGUAACUUGGAGAAGUUUACGCGGGACAUGCAGGAACGGCUGGUGAAGAAUGUGAUCGAACCGAUGGCAUGCGACGGCCUCCGGACGAUCUCAAUCGCUUACCGGGACUUUGUACCAGGCAAGGCCGACAUCAAUCAGGUUCAUAUUGACAACGAGCCUAAUUGGGAGGACGAAGAAAACAUCGUUGCCAAUCUCACCUGUUUGGGUAUCGUCGGUAUCGAAGAUCCGGUCAGGCCCGAGGUCCCCGAUGCCAUUAAAAAGUGCCAGAAGGCGGGUAUCACCGUGCGAAUGGUCACCGGUGACAAUGUCAAUACUGCCAGGUCAAUCGCAUUGAAGUGUGGCAUUUUGAAACCAAACGAGGACUUCCUAAUUCUGGAGGGCAAAGAGUUCAACAGGCGGAUUCGCGACUCCCAUGGCGAAGUACAGCAGCACUUACUCGACAAGGUUUGGCCGAAAUUGCGCGUCCUGGCGCGAUCCUCGCCCACGGAUAAGUACACUCUUGUCAAGGGCAUUAUCGACAGUAAAGCCUCGGCGAAUCGCGAGGUCGUGGCCGUCACGGGCGAUGGUACGAAUGACGGACCCGCCCUAAAGAAGGCUGAUGUCGGCUUCGCCAUGGGCAUUGCCGGUACGGACGUCGCUAAAGAGGCAUCGGAUAUCAUCCUCACCGAUGACAACUUCUCGUCGAUCGUCAAGGCGGUGAUGUGGGGCAGGAACGUGUACGACAGCAUCGCCAAGUUCUUGCAGUUUCAGUUGACCGUGAACGUCGUUGCAGUUAUCGUCGCCUUCAUUGGCGCUUGCGCCGUUCAAGAUUCGCCCUUAAAAGCCGUGCAAAUGCUAUGGGUUAACCUGAUCAUGGACACGCUUGCCUCGCUCGCGUUAGCCACGGAAAUGCCGACACCCGACCUCCUACUGAGGAAGCCCUACGGCAGAACGAAACCCCUCAUUUCCAGGACGAUGAUGAAAAAUAUUCUUGGUCAGGCCAUUUAUCAGUUGGCCAUCAUUUUCAUGCUUCUCUUCGUUGGGGAUAAAAUGCUCGACAUUCCCUCUGGCCGAGGAGUAGCGGCAGCCGGCGGCGGACCGACUCAGCACUUCACCAUCAUCUUCAAUACGUUUGUCAUGAUGACGCUGUUCAACGAAUUCAACGCUAGAAAAAUUCAUGGCCAGCGAAACGUCUUCCAGGGAAUAUUUACCAACCCCAUCUUCUAUUCCAUUUGGAUUGGUACCUGCUUAUCACAAGUAGUUAUUAUUCAGUAUGGUAAGAUGGCAUUCAGCACAAAAGCUUUAACUGUAGAACAGUGGAUGUGGUGUCUAUUCUUUGGGAUCGGUACACUGUUGUGGGGCCAAUUAGUCACGACGAUUCCUACACGCAAGAUUCCAAAGAUCCUUUCAUGGGGCCGCGGCCAGCCAGAUGAUAUCGGCGCUAUCAAUUUGGGAGAUGAGAAAUUCGACCCAGACUCGGAUAAAAAGCCUCGCGCCGGACAAAUUCUGUGGAUCCGUGGUCUGACAAGACUGCAGACUCAGCUUCGGGUUAUCCGAGCGUUCAGGUCGACUCUGGAAGACCUAGAGGAGCGUCGCUCCGUCCAUAGUUUGCACAGCUUGCACAGUAUGCGCAGCUCGCGCAGUCACACCGGGCCCCGCCCCCUCUCAGACUUCACGUACAUUGACGAGGAUCCGGCUAAUAAGGCGAGGAAUCAGCAACAUCAGCAAUCGGCCAUUACGACGGCCAACAGCGCCAAUAACGAGGCCGGACGGGGCGCCACUUCGCCUCUGCUACUCCACGUACCAGGCACCGGCAAUCACCAUCACCACCUCCACCAUCACCAUCACCAUCAUCAUCAUCAGCAUCACCAGCAUCAGCAACAGCAACAGAACAACGGAAGGCAACAACAGCAACAGGAAGACGCUAAUAACGCGGUCAAUUCCUUAAGAUCAAGCGCCAAUAAUCUCGUGCUCCCAGAACUGCCCAAAUUUGUCCACGAGACCUGUAUCUAAACAACAACGAUCAUUCGUUCGUUAUCUCUCUCUCUC